AUGGAGCAAACGUACGGCGAGGUGAACCAGCUGGGCGGCGUCUUCGUCAACGGCCGGCCGCUGCCCAACGCCAUCCGGCUGCGCAUCGUGGAGCUGGCGCAGCUGGGCAUCCGGCCGUGCGACAUCAGCCGGCAGCUGCGCGUGUCGCACGGCUGCGUGAGCAAGAUCCUGGCGCGCUACCACGAGACCGGCUCCAUCCUGCCCGGCGCCAUCGGCGGGAGCAAGCCGCGCGUCACCACGCCCAACGUGGUGAAGCACAUCCGCGGGUACAAGCAGGGCGACCCGGGCAUCUUCGCCUGGGAGAUCCGCGACCGCCUGCUGGCCGACGGCGUCUGCGACAAGUACAACGUGCCCUCCGUGAGCUCCAUCAGCCGCAUCCUGCGCAACAAGAUCGGCAACCUGUCGCAGCCCGGCGGCGGCGGCGGCGCGGGGGGCCCCUUCGAGGCGGGCGGCGGCAAGCAGCCGGCGCCGCCGCCCGCCCUGCCCUACAACCACAUCUACCAGUACCCGUACCCCAGCGCCGUGCCCGCCGCCGGCACCAAGAUGGGCGGCCACCCCGCCGCCGCCGCCGCCGUCUCCGCGGCCCACGUCAGCCUGCCGCGCUCCUGGCCUUCGGCGCACUCGGUCAGCAACAUCCUGGGGAUCCGGACCUUCAUGGAGCAAAGCGCUCUGGCUGGGACAGACGGCUCUGCGUACCCCCCCAAGCUAGAAGACUGGCCGGCCGUGAACAGAACCUCCUUCCCAGCAGCCGGGCAAGGUGUCGACGCGCUUGACAAGUCGGCAGUGGAAGCGGACAUUAAGUACCCCCAGCCACCCCCGGGGCUCUCCGCGGUAAGCAGCUUCCUGUCCCCUUGCGCAUACCCGUCCGCGAACCAGCCCGGGUUCUACAGCGGGCCGGGCGGGGGCUACCUGAGCCCGGCUCACCAUCACUGGCAGACUCAGGGCAGCUCCUUGGCUCACCAGCACACUCCCGGAGUCCACAGCGGAGAGCUGGCUCCCGCCAUCGCCUUCAAGCAUCCUUCCCGAGAAGCCGCGGACAGGAAGCAGGCGGCCAGCUCGGGGGGCAAAGCGGCGGCAGACGCCCUGGGCGGCCUUCACGGACUUCCUGCCCCGGCCUCCUCGUCCUAA